AUGAGAGGAUUAGAAUAUGAACAAUUAAAUACAUCGACAUCAAUAGUGCAAGAUAACGGUAUGGACUUCGGGGAAGCAAGAUUAGAACUUCCCUGUGAUAAAUUUCGGUCUAGAUUUACAUUUGGGAUAGUGACAGCUUUUCAGUACAAAUGGUUUGUUAUAUGCUGGGUUUGUACAUUCUUAUCAUUUGUUUUGUGUGUUACCGUUUCGAACGAGACAGGAAGUGCAUUAUUGAUAAUGUUAUAUGUAUAUCUUCAAAUAUUCUCGAUAAUUUUUUCCAUUUUUGUCAAUACUGCAAUAUUUUUAAAAUUCCGUAUGUCUCAGGAAGAUAAAAUGAAAUUUUAUUCUGAAAUUGUUAACAACAGACCAUAUUCAAAUGAUAAAUCAUGGGAUGUAGUAUGUUACAACAUGAUCUCCUAUUUUAAGGAAUCUGGAUUACAUAAUGCACUUUAUGAUGGUGCAGAUUGCCAUUCCUUGUUUCAAUGGUUACUAAAAGAUAAUAAAGAUGGAAAAAUAGAUAUCCAAACAGAUACGGUUGAAGAUGCUUCAACUUUACUUGCCAAGGACGCAAUAGAUAAAUCGAAAUUGAUAUACUUAGAGACUGCAAGAGAGAAAGCAUAUCUCAUAUAUCUUCAAUCUGAAAAUUCAUAUUGGGUUAAAAAAUAUCCAGAACUGGCUCAAUAA